UCAAGUUGGUACCAAACAUGGUCCUGGAACCAGGAGGUGGUCUGUCCUUCCCACUGCCUCCUGGUAGCGGCUCCACUGGUUCCGGUGGUUCGCUCCUCACUCCAGCCAGACUGUUCCAGAGGGCGACACCGGUGUUUCCGUUUCAUCUGACAGGAUGGCCACCGCAUCAUCCGGUGCUUGGACAGGUUCAAAGCCAGGUUCAGCAGACUAUGCAAGCUCAGCAUCAGGCAGCCGCUGCCGCUGUCAGGUUCCUCAGUCAUCAUCAUCCUCAUCAUCCGCAUCCGGCACUAGGGAACCACCCCCUGGUGCCGGCGAUAACUAGCCACCAUCCGACCGCCCAUCAUCUUCAUCACGGCGCCGAUCACGUCGACGAGGAUGACGAGAAGAAAGGCUGCGAUGGUGAAUCGGACGAAGGUGGAAGCAAACGGCGGAGAAGCAGGACCAACUUUAAUAGCUGGCAACUGGAGGAAUUGGAACGGGCAUUUCUCUCGAGUCAUUAUCCCGAUGUGUUUAUGCGAGAAGCUUUGGCUGUGAGACUCGAGCUGAAAGAGAGCCGCGUAGCCGUAUGGUUCCAGAACAGAAGGGCAAAAUGGAGGAAGAAGGAGCACACGAAGAAGGGUCCAGGGAGGCCGGCGCACAACGCUCAUCCGCAAAGUUGUAGCGGCGAACCCAUCCCACCUGAGGAGCUGAGAAGAAAGGAGAGGGAGAGGCGGCAGAAGAAAUUGCUGAAAGCUCUUGAACGACAGCAGAGGAAAUUAGCUGCGAAGGGAAUCACCGUGGAUCUGUCGACGCUGCGUGCCGAGUGGGAAUCUCGAAGCGCCGCAGCAUCCGGCGGGAACUCCCUGAACGGCAGCCUGGGAAGCUCGUUCAACCACUUGAGCAACAACAACGAGAGCAGCAGCGUGUCAGGCUCCGGGAACGACGCGAACGAGGAGAUCGACGUGGUGGGUGGUUUGGAUUCUUGCAGCGAGAGCGGCAGCGAGAGGGUGGACUCUGCUGCGGAUGGCUCUGUGGACGGGGAGUGUUAUCCUAGGCUAGGCAGCAGCAGCAGCGAGCAGAACGAUCCUCGGAGAUCGGUGAACCAGGUUGCAGGGAGCCUGCAGAGUCCUAACUCGAGCCUGAGUCUCGACCACUUGAGCCAUCAGCAAGGAAUCCAUCACUGGGGCCUGAGUCUGCUGGAGAGAAGAAGGGAGCUGGUAAAUAUGAACAGCGCAGGUGGACCGCGUCAGACGACGAACAACGGCAGCAAUUCCGGGAGAACAUCUGUCAGACAACAGACCAGCGAGGAAGAGGUGCAGAGCAGUAGCAUAGACCUGUCCGUUAAAGGGAGAGAGGAAAGGAAGAGGCUGAAUCCCUUCUCUAUCGAUAGUCUGUUGGGCAACAACAGAACCAGCACUCCCGGGAUCCACAACGAAUACAGAGCCUCGACACCGACCCUGUCGAACGGAAGGGAGUCCAGCAGCCCCACGUCGCCCAUCUCCGUACCCACUUCGCCGUCCACCACGUAGUGAGCCAGGAAGUCGAGUUCCUUCGG